CUUUGCCCCACCACCACCAUUAGGUGUACAACCACCUCCUAACUUUCCUGGUGCUUCUUUGAAUCCUUUUUAUCUUCAACAGGUUGCUUCUUUUCAGCAACAACAACAGUUUUGGCAGCAACCACAAGUUCCACAACCACAACAGCUUAACAAUAUCACCGAAAGUCUUGCGAAAGAAGCUGAACAGCCAAAGUCACAGCAACAGAAAGAGCAUGGUACACCGGACAAAGUAGAAGACCAUAAAACGGAAAAGAAGACUUCAGUGACCAAAAAUUUCGUCAAGACGGGAAGUAGUUCCCGAUCAUCGGCACAAACAACAAACGUUAGGAAUGAAAGUGCAAUAGAAGCGCCAUCAACGGCCAUGGCCGUGGAGAACUUGGCCAAAAAAGUCAGCGAAUUAAGUAUUACCACGAGAGAGGUUAAUGGAGAAAGAGUUAUGGGCAACAAUCGUUCUGUAUCAAGCAAUAACCGACUUCCUGGAAUGGGAGGCCAUCUUGUACAACAAAAUCGCAGAGGUCGUGGCAGUAGAAGAAACUAUAAUCAAAGUUAUGAUCGUAAUAGAAUUCCCGUUCCGCAAUCAGAUUUUGAUUUUGAAUCGUCAAAUGCCAAGUUCAACAAAGACGAACUUGUCAAAGAGGUUGUUAAGAAAAUUAUUCCUAACCAUGAUCUUAAAGAAGAAAAUUGCGCAGAUGGCCUCGAACUUGGCCCAGAAGAGGAGGAAGAGGAAGUUUUGAUACCACCUGCUGAGACUUAUUAUGAUAAGGCUAAAUCAUUCUUUGAUAACAUUUCUUGUGAAACAAAAGAACGGUUGGAACAGCAAGGACCUGAUGGCCGAGGAUUGUCUGUGGCUGAGCGAAGACAGAAACAAUCCGAAGAAAGACGUCUGAAUCUUGAAACUUUUGGGCAAGUCUCGAUCGACGGUGGAAGAUAUCGCGGUGGCUAUCGCAGUCGUGGUUAUAGGGGAAGCCGAGGUGGAUAUCGUGGCGGCC